CAUUAACCCAGGAGAUCAGCUCAAGGGGAUUUGAAUCCACCUGCUGCCGAUGAUGAACUCCACACAGCACCACAGGAUGCACACUGCACUUCACUUCUGGAACCGCAGCAACUACGGACUGCACGGCAAUGCCAGCGAGCCCCUGGGGAAAGGCUACUCCGAUGGAGGUUGCUACGAACAACUUUUUGUCUCCCCGGAGGUGUUUGUGACUCUGGGUGUCAUAAGUUUGUUGGAGAAUACUCUGGUGAUCGUGGCAAUAGCCAAAAACAAGAAUCUGCACUCACCCAUGUACUUUUUCAUCUGUAGUCUGGCUGUGGCAGAUAUGCUGGUGAGUGUUUCCAAUGGAUCAGAAACCAUUGUCAUCACCCUGUUAAACAAUACAGACACAGACGUGCAGAGCUUCACAGUGAACAUUGAUAAUGUCAUUGACUCUGUGAUCUGUAGCUCCUUGCUUGCGUCAAUCUGCAGCCUGCUUUCCAUUGCGGUGGACAGGUACUUUACUAUAUUUUACGCUCUCCAGUACCAUAACAUCAUGACAGUUAAACGGGUUGGGAUCAUCAUCAGUUGUAUCUGGGCAGCUUGUACAGUCUCGGGCAUUCUCUUCAUCAUUUACUCAGACAGCAGCGCUGUCAUCAUCUGCCUCAUCACCAUGUUCUUCACCAUGCUGGCUCUCAUGGCCUCUCUCUAUGUCCACAUGUUCCUGAUGGCUAGGCUGCACAUUAAGAGGAUUGCUGUCCUUCCGGGCACUGGUACCAUUCGCCAAGGUGCUAACAUGAAGGGUGCAAUCACUUUGACCAUACUGAUUGGGGUUUUUGUUGUCUGCUGGGCCCCGUUCUUUCUCCACUUAAUAUUCUACAUCUCUUGUCCCCAGAAUCCAUACUGUGUGUGCUUCAUGUCUCACUUUAACUUGUAUCUCAUACUGAUCAUGUGUAACUCCAUCAUUGAUCCUCUCAUUUAUGCACUUCGGAGUCAAGAACUGAGGAACACCUUCAAAGAGUUCAUCUGUUGCUACCCCCUGGGAGGCCUCUGUGAUUUGUCUAGCAGAUAUUAAGUGGAGUCAGAAAACACACUAAAACCCUGCAAAGGACUUUUUCAUUCUUGUACA